UCCCUCCUAAUAGUUCUAUAAGAAGAGAGAGCGAGAGAAAGAGAAGAGUGUCUCUGGCGAAAGAGCGAAAAAACCACACCAAACGGCUAUAAUUGUCGUUACAAUAGAGAGACUCUAAAAGAUCGUGCCUUUACUGGGUUUUUCCCCUUUCCUGCAAUUUGGUCUCAAAGGGGUUGAUCUAGUUUCGAUAUUUUCUUAGUGGCAAAAGAGUACUACUCAUAACACUAAAACACAUAAAACAGACACGAACUGUUUUGUUUUCGAGGGUUGUUCUCCUUCGCCAUGUCUGAGGGCUAUUAUAAUUCCAAGAAGACUGAUGAUAUCUGCGAUGAUGUUUGUGGGCAGGAUGGAACUCCUGCAGCGCUGAGCAUGUCAAGACUCAAAUGUAUCCUAAGGGGAUUGGACUUCAAGGUUUGCAUAUUUCUGCUUGUGGUUGUCCCUGUUGGAAUCUUUGGUCUCUAUUUGCACGGCCAAAAAAUCUCCUACUUUCUAAGACCACUGUGGGAGUCUCCUCCAAAGCCUUUCCACGAAAUCCCUCACUAUUAUCACGAGAACAUGUCGAUGGAGUCUCUCUGCAAGCUUCAUGGGUGGGGGAUUCGCCAGUCACCGAGACGAGUCUUUGAUGCUGUCUUGUUCAACAAUGAAGUUGACAUGCUCACUAUCCGCUGGAAAGAGAUGUAUCCUUAUGUGACACAGUAUGUACUCCUUGAAUCAAACUCGACAUUCACAGGAUUUGUCAAGCCGUUGCUGUUUGCGAGCAAUAGGGACAAGUUCAAGUUUGUUCAAUCACGGCUUACAUAUGGGAUGAUUGGAGGGAGAUUCAAGAAAAAUGAAAAUCCCUUCAUUGAGGAGGCCUAUCAAAGAGUUGCCCUGGAUCAGCUUCUAACUAUAGCAGGCAUAGAAGACGACGAUCUCUUGAUAAUGUCUGAUGUUGAUGAGAUUCCCAGCGCACACACGAUUAAUCUCUUGCGGUGGUGUGAUGACAUCCCUCCAGUUCUUCAUCUUCAGCUGAGGAACUACUUGUACUCUUUCGAAUUCUUUCUGGACAACAAGAGUUGGAGAGCUUCAAUCCAUAGAUACAAGACUGGCAAGACUCGGUAUGCGCACUAUAGACAGGCUGAUGUGCUGCUGUCUGAUGCUGGCUGGCAUUGUAGCUUCUGUUUCCGCCAUAUCAGUGAGUUCAUAUUUAAGAUGAAAGCUUACAGCCACAACGAUCGUGUCCGGUUCCCUCACUACUUGAACCCUAACAGGAUUCAGGAUGUUAUAUGUAAGGGUUCUGACUUAUUUGACAUGAUUCCUGAAGAGUAUACAUUCAAGGAGAUCAUUGGGAAAUUGGGACCUAUUCCUCAUUCUUACUCAGCAGUACAUCUUCCAGCAUAUUUGUUAAAUAAUGCAGAGAAGUACAGGUUUUUGUUGCCUGGUAACUGUAGAAGAGAAAGUGGCUGACUUUGAAUGUAGGUGAUUAACUUUAAUGAUGGAAAUUGAAGGAAAGUGUAUUACACCAAAAAGGGGCUCUAUUGAAUGAUUUAUAGCUAUAUAUGUAUGUAGGUCAUUCUUUAGAAGGGUAUCCAGAGAAACCUGAUGGGGUUUUGAAUUUUGACAUGAACCUGUGUAUAUCCAAUUUCAAAUACUCUGGGGUUUUUAGCCCUGUGAUGGGGGGAGGCAUGUGAGAUUCUCAAGUGAGGAGCUUGUGAGGGAAAUAGUCUUUUAUGAAUACCUUUGGGCAAGCUUUUGUACCUUCACUUUGGGUAUGAAUAGCUCCAAUUGGAUUUCUUGUUGGACUAAGUUAUACACAUAUCAUCUUUAUAUUAAUUGCUUCUAGAUCCCCAUUCUGAUCAGUGUUAAAUUUAAAUUCCCUUUUUUCUCAGCUAUUUAAUUUUACUGCUGUAUUUCAUU